UAUGAAUUCCGGCUUCCAGACUGCCUGACCGAACUUCUGCGGAAGAACACCCAAAACGAUGAGGUGAAGAUCCUCCGCAACAGUUGGUUCGAGGGCCCUGUUCAACGUGAGACGGUGGACCCCGGGCUGGCUGAGGCCACUUUCCAGUGCGCUGACUGCAAAGAAAUCGGGCUGCCCGUAAAGAAGCUCCGGAUUUGCGUCAAGCACUUCAAGGAGGAAAACGAAGGCAAGGCGCCGUUCGACCUGGACCUCGAUCAACUACGGAGCCACCUGGACAACUUCCAAGUGUGCGGCGAAUGCUUUCUCGACAACCAUCUCAUGUGCAACGAAGCACCCCCAGUCAAGCUGCUAGAGAUUCUCUGCCGCUGCCGAUCCACCGCGUUGGGCGCCCAACAAAAGGAGCAGCUCGGAAAAUUUAACGUCGAGAGGGACCUCAAUCGCAUCCGGGACUUGUUCAAAGAAAUUCAAGAGGCACGGAAGAUC